AUGACCGAUAACCUCAACCCACCGUCAAUCGAAAUGAAUGCUCCAGAGGGGACUCCAAUGCUAACAAAUUCGUGUGUAGAUGAACCGACCGUCGCUGACUCGUUUCCGUUGAAGAGGCUCCCCGACGAGCUCCUCCUCCAUGUCGUCGCUCAAGUCCCCGAAGUCGAUCUCCAUAACCUUAGCUUGGCUGCCAGACAUAUCGGCUCCAUGGCACAAGAGGCACUCCAUCGAUACCCCACGAUCUCUUACACCGACAAUGCCAUGCCGCGACAAAUUGCCCGACUGGCUCGCACCCUCUUCAGUCGUCCUGACCUAGCACGCGCAGUAGCCCAGCUCACACUGCGGCCCAUCGUCCAUCUUGUCGAGAUUCCAUUCACCACACUGUCCGCGGCUGACAAUCCAGUACUCCAGUGCUUCUUCCAGCACACGCGCGUGUAUAUGGGCGAGACACAGAUUGUAGCACUCCUCCUUGCUUCUCUUCCGAACUUGAAAGAGCUCGAUCUGCAAAUCAUCUUCAACGGUAGCCUGCAUGAGCUUGACAGCGGUCGUUAUGGCCAUGCAUGUAGCGUACAGUGCAGGCUCCCAGACAAGGCUGAGUCACACCCCCUCGACGUCGCCAUGAACCCAGGAUUGAAGAAGCUCCGUAAACUGCAUCUGCAUGCUCGUCAUAUCAGCUGGGACUGGCUCGCCUUGCCUUGCCUGAAAGCCAUUACCCUUGGCCUUCACUGUAGCGUCGACUGGGAUACUGCAUCAGCAGGUGUUUCCAGGGUCGAAGAACUGGUGCUGAACCUGACCACCGAGGUCUUUCUUGACGACGACCGGAGAUACAAAGAUCUACCCAAACUCUUUCAGCGAAUGCCCUUCCUGCGGUCGCUCACUAUCAACAUAAGCAACAAGUGCUUAGCUCCAGGGCCAAAUCAGAUCGAGGCUAAUAUUCUUGAGGAUGAUGCACGGGGGAACAUGGGGUUCCUCAUCGAAAUCAGGCCGCAGUAUCACAGACACUAG